GCCCAUGCUGAAAAAGAAGAAGACUACUGGGACUCUGUACUCUGGAGUGAUGAGACCAAGAUAAAUGUUUUUGGAACUGAUGGUUUCAAAACUCUAUGGCAUUGCAAAGGUGAGGAGUACAAAGAAAAAUGCAUGGUGCCUACAGUAAAUUAAUGGCGGUAGUUAGAAGUGUCCUUCUGUGGGUCUGCAUGAGUGCUGCUGGUGUCGGGGGAGCUCCAUUUCAUUGAUGGUGUCAUGAAUUCACAGAUGUAUUGCUCUAUAUUGAAAGAGAAGUUUUCCAAUAUGACAAUGAUCCCAAACAUGCAUCUAAGGCCACUGUGGCAUUUCUGA